GUGUGUGUGUGUUCACAUUGGCAACUACUUGAUUCCUCUAACUGAUCAGAUGCUUCAUAGGGAUGUUACCAGCAACCCGUGUUCCUGACAAGAGACAUUGACAAUCUAAUCGGGAUACAACAUGAAACAGCACAGGCCUACAACACUCUAGAGAGGCCUACAGUGAGUCAGGUCAAAGUUCCGUCAAGGCUGAGUCGUUGUCUAAGCGCUGGAAGUGUACGAAUGGGAAAAGGGCAUUAGCCAAACUGAGAAGACCUGAAGAGGGGACUUGGUGGAGGGCGGUCUGCCUCAAGAAGCUGUGAGGCCUUACUGAGAGUUGUUUCAACAGUUCUAGAGGUCUUUUAGGGUGAACAAGCAUGAAUCCCAUAUGGAAAGUGUACAAGAGCAAAGUGCUGAAGACCCUGAACCCGGACCUAGAGGAGUACACGGAGGAAGAGGUAAAUAAUGCAGAGAUUGAAAUGAGCCCUGUCCAGGAGGAUGAGGGGCCCAAUGCAGUGUCUCAGCUGGCCAAGAGAAUGCAGGGUGCUGGGGCUAAAGGCUGGAACAGGAUGUCAACACUCUUCAACAAAGAGGAUGAGCACCAGCUAUUGGAGGAGACUGAGAGUCCGCCUGUCCCAGACCAUCCACUGGCAGUGAUGCCUGAGGAGCCGCAGAGACCUGCCAGACCCUCAGGAUUCUGGGGUAGCUUCGCCACCAACUGGAAACAAAUGGCCGCCUCGAAACAGGCUGAAGCCGCAGCAAACGAGACAGGCACGAUGGAGGAGGGUCAGGAGGCGGUAGGCGAGGGAGGUGGUGAGGGAGGUGGUGAGGGAGGGGGGGAGAGUUACCAGGGGGAGAACACGGAGGGAGAGCAGAGUCAAGAUGAAGGAGGGAGCAACACCAGCUUCUCCAAAUACGCCAUGCUGGGAGGAGGGAGCGAGAACACGCCCUUCAAGUGGAACUUUGUCACAGGCAAGCUGGCUGAGUUGAAGACCAAGAGCAUGUCUGGCCAGCAAGACUAACAAGCCAGCUGUAAGGGGGUGGGAUGGGGUCUGGGGAAUGAGAGGGUACAUGGGGCCGAAUGCCCUCCUACCCUAGCCUGGUCCCAGAUCAGUUGAUGCUGUCUUGCAAACAUUGCAUGACAGUGACCAUAGGACCAUUGGCAAAGCAGUGUGAACAGAUCUGGGACCAGGCUACUCCUAACCUGUUAUUAUCUUCAUUCUACUUGCUCAGGUCUAGAUUGUACCCACCACACCUACACCAGUAGCAAUUGACUUUUCAGAUCUAAGGGAAUGUAUAGGGAAUAGGGACUAGGGGUCGAUUUGGAAUUUAGCACUCACCUCCCUUUCCAUACCUUCUCCAUAGUGUUUAACUGUACAGCAUUUGAACAAGCACUGGUACCCUUACAGUAGAUGGCAUUUAGUUAAUGUCAUAGGACUCAUACCUGAAAAUGACGCCAACAAACAGGCUGGAUUAGAUCAAUUAACCAACAAAACCAGAUUAAGAGAAUACGGAUUACACACAGAGAGGGAUAGUGGGAUUAGGUGUUGGAUUAUGGCACCAAUUUGGAAAGGGAUUUCAUAGCUGAUACAAAUUUGCUUUCACUGCUUUCACUGUUUUCUUGUGAAGUUAAUUAAGAAUGGGGGAAAUAGGAUGUGCAACAUUUGAAUGAUUGGGACUACAUGGCCUUUCAGGACAUAAUAUUUGUCUAACUGUUAUGGCUGACUGGUGCGUGGAGGUCAUGGUUUGAGUGUCUUGGGUUUAUCGUAUUUGGGCAUGAGACUGGUAACUUAUUCUAUUGCCCCUACAAAACACAAUUGCAGUGUGACCCUACUGCAGUCCUUUUGUGACACUUGUCUGUAAAACAGUAACAUGUCCAUAUUGUUAUUUUCUGCCUGUCUUUUCUGUUUUCAAUACGCUUUUCAAAAGUUUUGCUCUGACGUGUUGCUACCUCUUGUGCUCUAAUAAACACUGAUAAUA